AGGGGAAAGCAAACAAUUUUCAGGCCCGUCGCGUCUUGCAAAAAAUAUGAGAAAAAAAUUAUUAAAAAUUCGGAAAAUAGUUGAAAGUGAAGAAAAACUCAACAGAAAGGAUGUUAAAGCGUCCGGGGCUCCUGAGUCCGGGUGGUGUUGAGCUCAUAAAACUGGAUAGAAUAAUUGCAUCAGUACUAGUUGGUCACAGUGCCCCUGUCCAUGUAGCUGGUCUGCCUUAAGGUGCCAUGGCCACAGGAACCCAGGGCCACCGUGACCACAUCUUGGACAAAGCCAAGUUCACGGCACCCACCGGGAGGCGCAGGAGAGCGGAGGGAAAGCCGAAGAAGAACUUCCCCUGCCAGGAGUGUCAGAAGGCUUUCAACAGUCUGGAGAAGUUGAAGGUGCACUCGUAUUCUCACACAGGAGAGAGACCGUACCGCUGCUCCCACCCCGACUGCACCAAGGCCUUCGUCUCCAAAUACAAGCUGCUACGGCAUAUGGCAACUCACUCGCCAGAAAAAAACCACAAGUGUUCAUACUGUGAGAAAAUGUUCCACCGCAAGGAUCACUUAAAGAAUCACCUACACACUCAUGACCCGUACAAGGAGGCGUUCACCUGUCAGGAGUGUGGCAAGAGCUACAACACCAAGCUGGGCUUCAAACGCCACCUCGCCCUCCAUGCUGCCAACAAUGGAGACCUCACCUGCCAAGUUUGCCUGCAGCCAUUUCCCAGCACCGGGAUUCUUCUAGAACACCUCAAGACACACGCAGGCAAGUCCUCGGGCGGGACCAAAGAGAAGAAGCACCGCUGCGAGCACUGCGAGCGGCGGUUUUACACCCGCAAAGACGUGCGGCGACACAUGGUGGUGCACACCGGACGCAAGGACUUCCUCUGUCAGUACUGUGCCCAGCGCUUCGGUCGGAAGGACCACCUGACGCGUCACAUGAAGAAGAGCCACCCCCAGGAGCUGCUGAGGGUAAAAACUGAGCCAGCUGAUUCGCUGGAGCCCAUUGUCUAUGACCUGGCGUCUGGGGACAUCAAGGGUGAGCUCGCAGGAAUGUUGACGCCGCGUCCGCACCAGCUCAACAUGUACGCCGGCCCCGUCCUGGACGCGGAGCCCUUCCCCGCCCCGACGCACCCCUUCUCUUUAAAGUACCCGCUGGGCCCCAACUUGACCUCAUACGCCGUCUCCUCGCAGGAGCGGGAGCAGAAUCUAAAGGGAGAACUGGAGACCUACCUGAUGGAGCUGCAGAACAGCAUGCCCUCCUCGUCCUCUGCAGCCCAAGAACCCCAAAUCCCCUCCUCCAAACUUGAGUUGGAGCCUCCUGGAGGCGGGCUGGAGGGGGCCAGUGAGGACGUGUCCAUGUCCAAAAUGUCCACAUCAGUGGCAACACCCACAGCAGGAGACUCUCUGGCCUCGUCCUCCUCUCUGAUGGACUUCUCACAGCUUUUCAACUUCCUUCCGCUCAACGGGCCUCCAUACAACCAGGCAGGAGGCAGCGGGGGGCAGAGUAUCGCCUAUCAACCCAGCGAAGAGUCCGCUCCUCUCGUCCAGCUGCCUCCACAGUCGUCUGAGGGCCCAGAGGGUGCAGAGAGUCCACUUCAGGGGCUCCCCUCCUCCUUCAUAUCCAACCUGAGCACACCAACCACACUGCCCCGCUUCCACCAAGCUUUUCAGUGACCCAGUAUGUAACACAUGCAUUCUGAAGUCUGAUUUAUACUCCGUCGCACAACGCUCGCCACUUUCAUCUCAUCAUCGUUUUUUUUUUUUUGUCUAAUUGUAGACAUUUUGUACUCGGCUCUCGAACGACACCUUGUUUUCCACGUCGCUCUCCUGAUUUCUGUCACCGCCUCUCGUUGUCCUCUCAGUAAAAGUACAUUCAGAAUCUCUCAAAACCUACGGUAUGGAAACAAAGACACACACUGACAGCGUCAGGAUGAUGUCAUGUAAACUGGUGACUGAGGGAGACAGCUGGAGGUGUGUGUGGUUGCUAUGGAGACAAGUGAAACAUGUUGUUCAGGUUUUUUUUGAACAAAUGAUUAUCACAAAUGUCAAGCGACGGAGUAUAAAUCAGGUGUAACGCACACACACACACACACACUGACGUGCAUGUCCAGCUUCAUGAGUACACACACACACACACACACAGAUUGACAGAGAGAAGAUGCAAACGACACAUGAUUUUAGCACUUCUGUCUUAAAUGCAACAAUGUAACACACACGGUUUCAGUCAUUUUUAUUUAUCGGCAUAUUACAUAACAGUGACAAAAUAAUCCUUAUAUGUGAAAAAAAAAUCACAAUUCUUGGUUCAUUUUCAGUUUCAUAAUCAGAUUAACGUGCAGGUCGUCAUCAGAUGGUCAGCUGUGCUCUGAGCACCGCGUUAAACGUCAGAGCAGAAGCGCUGCCACAUGCCGCAGGUCACGUGACCUGUAGUAAUGUGGAUCACAGUGAGAGCAGAAGACAGAAGAACUUUAAGACCUGAUGUUUUUGGGCACUUUUUGCAGCGUAUCUUGUUUUUCAUAUCGCACUUUGAACAGUGUGGUGUUGUCGAGCAUCACGUGCCCUUUGUUUUAUGUCUGUUUAUUGUGGCGUGAUUUUCAAAGGACCAGUUUUUAGUUUGGCCAGAUUUUUGUCCUUAAAGGGAUAGUGCAAGUUAUUUUGAAGUGGGCUUGAGGCGCUGACUGUGAGUCUAAGUGCUCCCUCUGCACUGAGAUCCAGCUUCAUCACGGUGUCAACAUGACUGCCAAUUGGGAAACUGAACUGAAGUUAGUGUCACUCGCGGCUCAAUCCCCACAGCUGACAGGAGUUUCUGACCCACUGCUGCCUCCAUCAGUGACUUCAAGUAGGUUAUUUAUGUGACUUUGUGUCUGAAUUUCUUUGUUGAGAUUUACCUCAGUGACACAAACUUACAACAUGAGACCAGCAGUAGACCAGCAACUCCUUCGUGUGUCUUCAUCAGCCAAGAAAGGCAGAUCUUCUCCAUGGACUUUGGUGCAGUAGAGUGAAGGGUAUAAGAAACUUGUAAAAGGGCUAUUUAACAGUGAAAUAGAGCAGUGGAUAUAUUCUUAAGAUAGCAUAGACUUUUGUUAUUGACUAAGAUCUUGUGUUGUGUGUGUGUGUGUGUGUGUUUUCAGUGUCAGAGAAUCAGAAUGUCUUUAUUGUCAUUGUCACGGAUGUUAUAACGAAAUUGGUUGAGCAAUUUAUCCUCCGUGUAUUUAAGAAUAAAAGUAGGCACUCACACUUUCCCAGUAAUAUUACAUGGAAAUAUGUAGCUAACUUGCAGACAGCCAUUACAGGCAGUGCAUGUCUUAAUGGCUCAUACCACACAGUCACCUCAUCAACAGUAGUGAGCAACACCUGGUGUUGACUGAGCUGGAGUGAAAUCAUUCAAAUGAAUUUGCAAUAUGAAGUGAAAUGGCCUCAGUGUGGCUGUCGGCACUGACUGCACGAUGAGCGUCCACUGAGCUAAGAACCAGCGUAACACGGGCAGGCUCACUCUUACUGAAACCAACAAGGAAGGAAUAAUUAAAGUUUAAAUAAAAUAACAAGAAUUCAAUAUAGGACACAUAACAAGGAGAUGCCAACACUAAAGGAAGUCAUUUUAAAAUAAGCUAUCUUUCUCAACCAGAGCUGAAAGACAUUUAGAGAGACGUCUUUUAAAGAUUUUAUUUGAUGAGUGUUUAUUUACAUGCAUGAAAUCUUAUUUUACCGCGUGUCCCCAUGUUUUCACUGAGUGAGUCUGCAUUGCUCGUUCUCUGAAUGUGUCGGCAUCAUCCAACCACACGUCUGAAACUUCAAUCAGAAAUGACAAAAAAAACACGUCAAGCAUUUAUAUACAUGUACAUAUACAUACUGUAUAUACAGUAUGGUACCAAGUGCCAUUGUAUUUGAGAAGGUCUUUAUAAAGAAUGAAAAUGUAAACAUAGAAUGCAAAAAAUGUUUGUGAAGGCAACGCGCUGAACGUAAUCGCUUCACUUAAGAUAGAAAAAAACCACAGAAACUAACAUUUUCCGUGUCCACCUAACUUUCCUGUUGUUGAAGACAAAAUAAACUAAGGACUUAAAAAGAAGACGCAGUAUAAGCUAUUUAAAGUGAUACACCCCCAUUUAAACAUGUAUCAUUUAAAAGUGAAAUAAGCUAUUCUCAAAUUGGCAAAUAUGUGAGGUGUGCGCCGUUCUCCCAACACUUACGCUACAGUAUUUGUUCUUCAGAGCAAACAGAGGAUAUAGAAUGAACAGACAGGAAACAUGCCAAUCAAGUUGUCUCUUAUGUGUGUGAGUCAAUCAAGUGUUGCUGCUAUCAUGAGCACAGGGAUGUGAAACAAUAACACCUAACUUUACAUGUUAUUAAACACACACUUUACCUUCACUGAGUCUCAAAAUAUUCCAAUGAGAUUACUUUUCAUGCAGUUAGAGGUUCGACGAUCGCAGCCACAGUACGCUAGCUCCAGUAGCUUUGCUACUUAAAUCCUUAAAGAGAUAGUUCAGGUAUUUUUAAAGAGUGUUUGUAUACUGUAUACAUGUGGUCAGUGCUGUGUGAACAUGGAGGCUCACAAGGAAAAACUGAUUUUAGCCACUUAACAAAAGACUCCCCUUUAUAAAAGCUACACGAGAAGUGAUCCUCUCACUCUGCCACACCAAAGUCCGUAGAGAAAAUGAGUGAUUUUUUCAUGAAGUUGUGUUCACACGUGUUAUUUUGUGACUUUUUGUUUGAAAUCUAAGUGA